ACGAUGAAGGGCACAAAGCUCUCUCUCUCCAUUACUCGCUUAAGGAGUGGUCUGAGGAGGAGGAUUAGACCAAAAGUUAAAUAUAGGAACCUCCCCUCCGGAGCCUCAAUCUUCUCAUCUGUAAAAUAUACAUGAGGGCAGCCUGUCCUUCUCAGGGUUGGUGACCCACGCUUAGCCUGGUGCUUAAUUCCAAGAUAGAUGGUGGCUGCUGUGAGGGUAACAAGGGCCGUGACUAAAGGAAACAGCUCGGUGCUGUGGAGAUUGAGAGAAGGUAGAGGAAUGAGUUCAGGGUAGGAACGAGGAAGUCUGAGUCUCUAGACCAAAUCUUCCCCUUCCAUGUUGUGUGUCACUGGGUAGAAUGUUCCGCCUGUCCCUUAGUUUUUGUGAGUCUCUUAGCCAAGUGAUACUUGAAUGCAUUCUGAGCGUUCAGUGCAGCGUUCAGCGAUGCAGAAAUGCAGAAAGACACAGGAGAAAGCACGAAGAUCGCCUGUUCUCAGUGCCCUCCACAGAGGAAACCACUGGGGAUGGCGUGGUGUUCAGCCUUUAGUCCCGUCUGUGUAUUACAUACCUAUCCGUGUCCCUGCGCUCAGGCAUCAGUUCCUUGUUUUCUCUUUUAUGUACAUGAGGUCAUGCCCUCCAUGUCCUUCUGUGCCUUGCUUUUGUCACAGAACACCAUGUCUUGAAGACCUUGCAUGGGGUCCUUAUAAAUCCACCUCAUUCUUAUUGGCUGGAGCAUUCCACAGCAAUAUGCAUUGUUGUGAACUUAAUCUUUGUUGCUGGACAUUGACUGUUCCCAGUUUUUAUGACAAUUGGUACCCCGGCGAGUGCACUUUUGCACAUAUGUGAGGAGGAUCUAUUUCUAGAAGCAGAAGUGCUGGGUCAAAAGCUCUGUACCUUUACGACUGAUUGAUGCUGUUAAAUUAUCUUCCACAAAAGCCUCACCAAAUUACAUUCCCACUGAGAACAGAUGAGAAUAUGACCUGUUUUUCUAUAUGUCAAAUAAAGGGAUUGGAUUGCUGAUCUCUGAGCUGAGGUCCAGGGUGUUUCUUCCUCCUUGUUUGAACUUUGGACAACUACUUCCCCUCUCUAGGCCUUGGUUUUCCCAUUUAAAGAGCCGGUGUCUGGGGAAGUGCUUGAAAAUGGAAAAGUGCUAUCUAAGAUUCACUGUGUCCAGUGGGAUGCUUUGGUUUGCAAGUGACAGAAACCCAGCUCCAGUGGGCUUAAGUGAGAAUGAGAAUCAUUGGCUCACAUAACUGGAAAGCCCAGGAGUAGAGGAGGCUUCAGGCACAGCUGGAUUGAGGGGCUCAGUGACACCAUCAGGAUGCAGUGUUCAUCUCUCAACUUUGCUUUUUUUCCUCAUUCUAGUCAUGGAGCUCCAGGGGCUCCAGGCUUGAUGGUGCCUGAUAUAAAACAGAGGCUCUUUGCCAAGGGAAAUUUCCUGGAUAGGGCUUGUAUUGGCGAACUCAAACCUCAUGCCCAACCCGAAUCAUCCCUGUAGCCAGGGAAGGUGAUGUUCUGACUGACCAAGCCAGGUUGUGUAGCCACUCCUGGAACUGGGUGAGGUGCCCCCCAAGAGGAAGAUUGACGUCUUAAUACCAGAGGGAGAGAGACUAAUUUUGGGUCAAGAAAAGCAUAAAGUAGAUGACCAAGGCCCUUUCCAGCUCAGACACGUGAUGCUUCAGAUGCCAGCUGCUUGACAGGUUGGAGGGCCAAGGAUGUGGUUUCUGGAAAAAGAAGUGGUGUUUGAACCGGGCCAUUGAGGCCAGCUGGAAUGGCCACAGGUGGCAGAGAGGGAGCUGUGGAUGGAGGAGGCAGAGGUAACCAAGAGCCUGGGCAUGUUUGGGAGCUGUUGAGAAGACCAGUUUGGCCGGACAUCAGGCAUUCCUGGUCUAUGCUGCUGGUGUCUACUCCAACAUGGGCAACUACAAGUCCUUCGGUGAUACCAAGUUUAUCCCCAACUUGCCCAAGGAGAAGCUGGAACGGGUGAUCCUGGGGAGUGUGGCCGCUCAGCAGCACCCUGAAGAAGUCAAGGGCCUCUGGCAGACCUGUGGGGAGCUCAUGUUCUCUCUGGAGCCACGGCUUCGACACCUGGGGCUGGGGAAGGAGGGAAUCACCACCUAUUUCUCUGGGGAUUGUACCAUGGAAGAUGCCAAACUAGCCCAAGACUUUCUGGACUCUCAGAACUUUAGUGCCUACAACACGCGGCUCUUCAAGGAAGCCGGCCAGGAUGGGAAGGCUCGCUAUGAGGUGCGGCUGGCUUCCGUGCUUGGCACAGAGUCUUCUGUGGACUCUGAAGUGACUUCCAAGCUGAAGAGCUAUGAAUUCCAGGGGAGCUGCUUCCAGGUGACCCGGGGGGACUAUGCACCCAUCCUCCACAAGGUGGUGGAGCAUCUGAAGAAAGCCAAGGCGUAUGCAGCCAACAGCCACCAGGAGCAGAUGCUGGCCCAGUACAUGGACAGCUUCAUGCAGGGCUCCAUCGAGGCCCAUAAGAGGGGCUCCCGCUUCUGGAUCCAGGACAAAGGUCCCAUCGUGGAGAGUUACAUCGGGUUCAUCGAGAGCUACCGUGACCCCUUUGGUUCCCGUGGAGAGUUUGAAGGCUUCGUGGCCAUGGUGAACAAGGCCAUGAGUGCCAAGUUCGAGCGGCUGGUGGCAAGUGCAGAACAGCUGCUGAAGGAGCUCCCCUGGCCCCCAGCCUUCGAGAAGGACAAGUUCCUCACCCCUGACUUCACCUCCCUGGAUGUCCUCACCUUCGCCGGCUCCGGCAUCCCUGCCGGCAUCAACAUCCCCAACUAUGAUGACUUGAGGCAGACAGAAGGCUUUAAGAACGUGUCGCUGGGGAACGUGCUGGCUGUGGCCUAUGCCACGAAGCGGGAGAAGCUCACCUUCCUGGAUGAGGAUGACAAGGACCUGUACAUCCGCUGGAAGGGGCCUUCCUUCGACGUGCAGGUGGGCCUGCACGAGCUACUGGGCCACGGCAGCGGCAAGCUCUUUGUGCAGGAUGAGAAAGGAGCAUUCAACUUCGACCAGGAGACCGUGAUCAACCCAGAGACGGGGGAGCGGAUUGAGAGUUGGUACCGGAGCGGGGAGACGUGGGACAGCAAGUUCAGCACCAUUGCCUCCAGCUACGAAGAGUGCCGGGCUGAGAGUGUGGGCCUCUACCUCUGCCUCAACCCCCAAGUGCUGGAGAUCUUUGGCUUCGAGGGGGCUGAUGCGGAAGACGUGAUCUACGUGAACUGGCUCAACAUGGUUCGGGCUGGGCUGCUGGCUCUGGAGUUCUACACCCCUGAGGCCUCCAGCUGGAGACAGGCCCACAUGCAGGCCCGGUUUGUGAUACUGAAGGUCUUGCUGGAGGCUGGCGAGGGGCUCGUUACCAUCACUGCCACCACAGGCUCUGACGGGCGCCCGGAUGCCCGGGUCCGCCUUGACCGAAGCAAGAUCCGUUCCGUGGGUAAGCCUGCCCUGGAGCGGUUCCUGCAGAGACUCCAGGUGCUGAAGUCCACGGGGGAUGUAGCCGGAGGGCGGGUCCUGUAUGAGGGGUAUGCGGCCGUCACAGACGCACCCCCUGAGUGCUUCCUCACCCUCAGGGACACAGUCCUGCUGCGCAAGGAAUCUCGGAAACUCAUCGUUCAGCCCAACACUCGCCUCGAAGGCUCAGAAGUACAGCUUCUUGAGUACGAGGCCUCAGCUGCUGGCCUCAUCCGAUCCUUCUCUGAGCGCUUCCCCGAGGACGGACCCGAGUUGGAGGAGGUCCUCACCCAGCUGGCCACGGCCGAUGCCCGGUUCUGGAAGGCCCCCCGUGAGGUCCCAGCUGGCCAGGCUUGAGGAAGAUUCCUGUGGCCCUUCCCCCAACUCCCAUCAAAUCAAGGCUGCAGUGGCCCUCCUUUUGUGCGUGUAUUUUGAGGGACUAGGGGCAGGCAGGAGUUCAGACCUUGGUGCUACCUCUUCUGAGGGUGGUGACACUAAGCCCUUCCAUCUGUCAGCACUUCCCAGUUUACCAAGUGCUUCCCCUGUGACGAUCAGCACUGCCAGCCAGGGAGUGGGCAAAAUAGGGCUCCUUAUCCUGUUUUCAGAUGAAAUGGAACCUCUAAGAAGUGACUUGUCUAGAUCCUGCAGUUGGUACGUGACAGAGCCAGGACUCAAAACCUUCUCGUCAAAUCCAGUGCUCUUUAUGUGUUACUUUUAUAGACAGAAAAAUAAAUAUUAGAAACAACCACCAUCUUUGCCACAUGCACUAUUGCUCCUUGCCUCUGUCUUACUUCUAAUCUGCUCCUGAAAGGGUAGUGAAAUUAAGGCCUGGGGAGAGGACAGAACCAAAAACCAAACCAGUUGCCCUGGAGUCAAUUCUGACUGAUGUUGACCCCAUGCAUUGCAGAGUAAAACUGUGCUCUGUAGGAUUUUCACGGCUUUGACCUUUCAGGAGCAGAUUUCCAGGCCUUUCUCCUGGGCACCUCUGAGUGGGUUCAAAUCACCAACCUUUUAGUCAGUAGCCACGUGCUUAACUGUUGCACCACCCAGGAACUAAGGAGAAGACCACUGCCAAACCAAACAUGUUGCCAUUGAGUUGAUUCCAACUCACAAGGACCUAUAGGACAGUAGAACUACCCCACAGGGUUUCCAAGGCUGUAAUCUUUACAGAAGCAAACUGCCACAUUUUUCUCCCUUGGAGCAGCUGGUGGGUUCAAACCACUGGCCUUUUGGUUAGCAGCUGUCUUAGUUAUCUAGUGCUGUUAUAACAGAAAUACCACAAGUGGAUGGCUUUAACAAAGAGUUUAUUCUCUCACAGUCUGGUAGGCUAGAAGUCCAAAUUCAGGGCGCCGGCUCCAGAGGAAGGCUUUCUCUCUCUGUUGGCCCUGGAAGAAGGUCUUUUUCAUCAGUCUUCCCUUGGGCUGGGAGCAUCUCAGUGCAGGAGCCUUAGGUCCAAAGGAUGGGCUCUGCUCCCAGCACUGCUUUCUUGGUGGUAUGAGGUCCCCAUGUCUCUCUGCUCGCUUCUGUCUUAUAUCUCAAAAGAGAUUGGCUUAAGACACUAUCUAAUCUUGUAGAUCUCAUCAAUUUAACUGCCACUAAUCCAUCACUUUACCUCAUAGUGAUAGGAUUUACAACACAUAGGAAAAUCACAUGAGAUGAUGAAGCAGGCCGUCAUGGAAGAGUUAUCAAGGGUUAUUCCAAAAACCCAAAACCCACUGCUGUCGAAUCGAUUCCAACUCAUAGCAAGUCUGUAGGACAGAGUAGAACUGCCCCAUAGAGUUUCCAAGGAGCACCUGGCGGAUUUGAACUGCCGACCUCUGGGUUAGCAACCAUAGCACUUAACCACUACGCCACCAGGGUUUCCAAAUAAUCAAGGGUUAUUAACCAUCCCAUAAUACUUGUUUUUCAGAAAGGUCUGUUCUUGCUACAUUUUUGUUACAACUUUUACAGCACUUCACCAUGAUUGGUCGAAUUCCCAGGUUUCUUCUGGCACGAGGCCAAGGUGCAGGCGUACUGAGUCCAAAUCUACCUGCGACAUGACCUUCUUGGGGUGGCAGUAGGGAGUUGUCACCGUUUUUUCAGGGCUGUGCACGGUAUAUUUAGAGCUGUGCACAAAAAACCCCUUCACUAAAAUUAUGUGGACUGCGCACGCAUCAAAAGACUGAAGAUCCUCCCAUCACUGUUCAUGCAUAUGUAUGUCAAUCCCUAUAAAAGGAGCAAAUCUGCCCUGGUUCAGGGAGCUGGCAGCCUUAGGUUAUGAGACCCUACCUGUCUCCCAGUUUGCAAACUGUGAAUAAACUUUUCUGUUCUUCCAA